AUGAGUCUUGGAGGAGGAGGAGGUCAGAGGUCAGGGGGUCACAAGACGACACAUAACUACACCUGCACGGAUUCUACCAACUGUUGGGUGUGGUUAGUCAUGAGUACUUUUUACUUCAAUGUACUUCACGAGGACAUUGUUCACGAGGACAUUGUUCACGAGGACAUUGUUCACGAGGACAUUGUUCACGAGGACAGUGAUCACGAGGACAGUGUUCACGAGGACAUUGUUCACGAGGACAUUGUUCACGAGGACAUUGUUCACGAGGACAGUGUUCACGAGGACAGUGUUCACGAGGACAUUGUUCACGAGGACAGUGUUCACGAGGACAUUGUUCACGAGGACAGUGUUCACGAGGACAUUGUUCACGAGGACAUUGUUCACGAGGACAUUGUUCUCGAGGACAUUGUUCACGAGGACAGUGUUCACGAGGACAUUGUUCACGAGGACAGUGUUCACGAGGACAGUGUUCACGAGGACAGUGUUCACGAGGACAUUGUUCACGAGGACAUUGUUCACGAGGACAUUGUUCUCGAGGACAUUGUUCACGAGGACAUUGUUCACGAGGACAUUGUUCUCGAGGACAUUGUUCACGAGGACAGUGUUCACGAGAACAGUGUUCACGAGGACAUUGUUCACGAGGACAGUGUUCACGAGGACAGUGUUCACGAGGACAUUGUUCACGAGGACAGUGUUCACGAGGACAGUGUUCACGAGGACAUUGUUCACGAGGACAUUGUUCACGAGGACAGUGUUCACGAGGACAUUGUUCACGAGGACAUUGUUCACUAG